AAUGGAGGAAGAAUGUGACUCCCUGUAUUCCUAGCAAAGCAACCACUCUCUCCCUCUCUCUCUCUCUCUCACUCCUCCAUCUCCAUCUCCUUCUUCUCCUUCUUCAUCUCCUCUCUCUCUAGAUCCUCUUCCGUCUCUUCUGCUUGCCGAGACCGUCUCCUUCGCGUCGAAUUCCGCCCGACGAUGGUGGCGUGAGAGCUUCCUUCGCGGUUUCCGGAAGCGACGCGGUCUGCUCGCCUUUCCUUUGCCGGGCUCAGUCUCUUUGCCGUGUUCAGCGUGCGGAAACAUGGCGGCGGCGGCGGCGGCGGAGGGGGGCGCGCUGUCGUUCUCGGCGGCCUCGGUGGUGGAGGACGUGCUCCUGCAGCAGCACGGCACGCGGCUCAGGGACGUCAACGUGGAGUCCAGAAGAGCUGAGGAAGCUGCAUCAAGAAGGAAUGAUGCAGCUGGUUGGCUGAGGAAGAUGGUCGGGGUGGUUGCAGCCAAAGACUUACCUGCCGAGCCAUCCGAAGAAGAGUUUAGGCUCGGGUUGAGAAGUGGUAUUAUCCUUUGCAAUGUUCUCAACAAGAUACAAUCUGGGGCGGUACCAAAGGUUGUAGAAAGUCCAAGUGAUGCUGCUCUGAUCCCUGAUGGAGCUGCUUUGUCAGCAUUUCAGUAUUUUGAAAAUGUCAGGAACUUCCUUGUAGCUGUGCAGGAGAUGGGCCUUCCCACUUUUGAAGCAUCAGACCUCGAACAGGGAGGAAAGACUUCAAGGAUUGUGAAUUGUGUUUUGGCACUAAAGUCAUUUGCUGAUUGGAAACAAACUGGCGGAAACGGAGUAUGGAAAUUUGGUGGCAAUGUAAAGCCCGCAAUUUCAUGUAAAUCAUUUGUUAGGAAAAAUUCAGAACCAUUCUCAAAUUCUUUGUCAAGAAAUUCUUCAAUGAACGAGAAAUCUUUGAAUGCUCUAACUUCUGGUAUUGACUCGAAUAAAAUGGCCAACUCGGGUGCAUUGAGCAUGCUUGUUCGCGCAGUUCUUCUGGAUAAAAAGCCUGAAGAAAUUCCGGCGUUGGUGGAAUCUGUCCUAAGUAAGGUGGUCGAGGAGUUUGAACACCGUAUCACUAACCAAUUUGAGCUGAAGGGAAACAAGACUCUGGUGAAAUCUACUACUAGUGAAAAGCCUGAAGACAAGAACAUGAAGUCAAGUAGUAAAGAAGAUUAUCUUGGUAAAAGCGGUACAACCAAUGAGGAAUCAAAAGGUCUGAUGUUAAAACAGCAACAGAUUUUUUAUCAACAACAAAAAGAUGUUCAGGAGUUAAAGCAAACCCUCUGUACAACGAAAGCUGGCAUGCAGUUCAUGCAGAUGAAAGUCCAAGAAGAGUUCAGCAGCCUUAGUUUACAUAUAUACGGCCUUGCCAAUGCUGCAUCUGGAUAUCAUAAAGUUCUUGAGGAAAACCGCAAGCUUUACAACCAAGUGAUGGAUCUCAAAGGGAAUAUCAGAGUCUAUUGCAGAGUGAGACCCUUCUUGCCCGGACAAUCAAAUUAUAUGAGCUCUGUUGAGAAUAUUGAGGACGGGAUUAUCAGCAUCACCACCCCAUCUAAACAUGGAAAAGGGCGUAGAUCAUUCAACUUCAACAAAGUCUUUGGGCCAUCAGCAACCCAAGCGGAAGUAUUUUCUGAUACCCAGCCAUUGAUCCGGUCAGUUCUUGAUGGAUACAAUGUAUGUAUAUUUGCAUAUGGCCAGACUGGAUCUGGAAAGACCUACACCAUGACGGGUCCUAAACAGCUUACGGAGCAAAAUCAAGGUGUAAAUUAUAGGGCCUUGGGUGACUUGUUUUUCCUUGCAGAACAAAGAAAGGAUACAUUCCUCUACGAUGUUUCUGUCCAAAUGAUCGAGAUCUAUAAUGAGCAAGUGCGGGACCUUCUUGUCUCCGAUGGAACAAAUAGGAGAUUAGAGAUUCGAAAUAGUUCCCAAACUGGACUCAGUGUACCGGACGCAAGCCUUGUCCCUGUUUCAUCAACAUUUGAUGUUAUUGAUCUCAUGAACCUUGGGCAUAGAAAUCGUGUGGUGGGAGCUACAGCCCUGAAUGAUCGGAGUAGUCGUUCUCAUAGUUGCUUGACUGUACAUGUUCAAGGACGAGAUUUGACUUCUGGAACCAUUCUUCGUGGAUGUAUGCAUCUGGUUGAUUUGGCAGGAAGUGAGAGAGUAGACAAAUCUGAAGUGACAGGAGAACGGCUAAAAGAGGCACAACACAUUAACAAGUCCCUUUCAGCCCUUGGAGAUGUGAUUUCUUCUCUUGCCCAGAAAAACCCUCAUGUCCCUUACAGGAAUAGCAAGCUCACCCAGCUGCUUCAAGACUCACUUGGAGGGCAGGCAAAGACGUUAAUGUUUGUUCACAUAAGCCCUGAGCCUGAUGCUUUAGGAGAAACAAUAAGCACACUUAAGUUUGCUGAGCGAGUUGCUACAGUAGAACUAGGUGCUGCCCGAGUAAACAAAGAUGGUGCAGAUGUGAAAGACCUCAAGGAACAGAUAGCCAGUCUCAAGGCAGCAUUAGCUAGGAAGGAGGAAGAACCAAAGCACAUGCCACACCCUGUUUCUGGAAGCUCGGAACGACAGAGAAGGAAAGCAGCAGAAUUAUCACCAUUUCAUUCUAAUCCACAGCAUGCAGAUGCAAUGAGGGAUCAAAAUAGCUGCCGAAGACCAAUGGGUGAUGUUGGGAAUAUUGAGGUGUUCACAAACUCUGCAUUGAAGCACAAGAGACCGAGCUUUGACCUGGACGAACUUUUAGCUAAUUCCCCUCCUUGGCCUCCGGUUCCAGUCCAAAGUUACAGGGAUGAUGAAAAAGAAGUGGGCUCAGGGGAGUGGGUAGACAAAGUCAUGGUGAACAAGGAAGACGGUAGCCAAGUUGAGAACACCCUAGGGUGUUGGACUACAAACAAUGGGCACCUGACUGAUGGGUUCUACCAGAAAUAUCUCCAGGAUGGCUCCAAAACUUUCCCGGAGCAAACUUACAACAUGUUCAUGGGUAGUAAUGGUUUUGAUCACACAAAUACAGAUGAUGUGGAUGAGCUCGAUGCUGCCACCAGUGAUUCUUCAGAACCAGAUUUGCUCUGGCAAUUCAAUCACGCCAAAUUGAAUGGCAUCACUAAUGGGAUUGCAUCGAAGACUAAUAGAUCCACUUCCAAACCCCGGAAGAACCCAGACAUCAGCAGGAACUUAAGUUCUAGUGUGGGCCCUUCGCCAUCUCGGAAGCCAUCAAAUGGGGUCGGUCUUCCUCUACAUCAGAAUGGAAAGCAGCAACCUGCCAUCGAUGGGAAGCGGAAGACCGGCAAUAGAAAGUAAAUUCUUUGUAACCACGUCGUUUCUUAUCUAAAUUGUUUUAUUUCUUCGAACAUGGAGGGAGAUGGAGAGAGAUUGAUGUCGAAAAGAAUGUAUUCAGCAUGCCUUUCCUUUUUUUCUUUUUCCUCGGUUUUCGAUGUAAAAUGCUCAUCUUAUAGUAUAAUACAGCAACCGUGCCAGUUGCUUGCAUGUGUUUAUUCUUGAACCAAAACUUUUGGCACUAAUACGAAAUGGGAUUGCCAGGCCAUUUCCUUC